UGAUAAAAAAGUGCUUUAAACCAUUCUUCUUUCAAUUCAACAAUAAAAUCAUCAUAUUUUUCCAACAUCUUUUUAUGUUCAUCUUUCAUGUUUAAAAGCCCUUCCUCAACCAUUUUACUAUGUUCAAUUUUUAUCUUUCCCUUCUUUUCUUCCCAGAUUUUAUUUUGUUCAUUUCUCAUCUCUUCUAAUUUUUCUUUCAAUUCUUUUUCGUUUUCUCUUUCAAUUUUAUUUAUUUUUUCCUUUAUUUCAUCUCUUUUUACUUUUUCCUGUAACACCUCCAAACUUUUAAUUUUGUUUUCCAAAUCUUCCAAUUCUUUUAUUUCUUUCUCUAUUUUCUCAAUUUUCUCUAUUUUCUUAUGUUUCUUAGAUAAUUUAAAAAUUUCUUUUAUUAGAUUCACAUAAUGUUGUAUUAUAUUUUUUAUUUUUGAAUUCCCGUUUUUGUAGUUUAACUUUUGUAAUUCUAUCAAUUUUUUACCCAUUUCAUCUUGUAAUUUUUUCAAUUUAGCUUUAAUGUCAGAUUUAUCAUUAAGGUUUUGGAAUAUUUUCAUAUGGAGUAUUUUUCCAAGUUCUUCAUUGUUUCUAUAGCUUUGUAUUUCUUUCUCAAUUUUCUCAUAUUUCUCAUUUAUUUCUUUUAAUUUUCCCUCCAAAAUUUUCUUUUGUUCAUUUUUUAUCUCUUCCAAUUUUUUAUCCAAUUUUUUAUCAUUUUUGUGAUUUUCUUCAUCGAUAAUAUAUAACUCUUCCCUUUCAUUUUUAACUUCUUCAAUUAAUUCAACAAUUGC